AUGGAGGGUCAUUCAGUAUACCCCGAGUUGCCAUUCUUCAACCUCAAUGACAUUCGAGCUGCUACCAACAAUUUCUCUCCCGCUAACAAGCUUGGAAGGGGAGGUUUUGGCUCCGUGUACUAG